UUGGAAGUAAUUCUCGAAGCUGUUGAGUGAAAUGAAAGAACUGCGAUGACAGUACGGGUUAUUUUUUGUAUACUAGCAAUGCUAGUUGCUCUUAUUCUGCAGGUGUAUUCAUUAAGCGGGGGCAAUAAUGCAGUGUGUCGUACUUCGGAAAGUCGAUGGGCGACUCGUUCGGUUUCAUACAGUGAGUCCUACAGAGGAUGUUUUUUAUGGACUUGCACGAAGUAUCGAACGAAGUGGAAAACUGAGUGGUAUCAGGCAUGGAGUUCAAGGGACACGUGCUGCUCAGGUUAUUCGCAAAGGUGGGGUGAUUGUGAGCCGAUCUGUUACACAACUUGUGAGAAUGGCUACUGUGCAAAACCGUACACAUGUGCGUGUAAUUAUGGCUAUCAGUUAGUUGACAACAAGUGUAUUCCGGUGUGCAAUAAGCCUUGCGUACAUGGCAAGUGCGUUAGGCCAAAUACUUGCAUCUGUGAUUUUGGCUACAAAUUGAAGACCGACGGACACACAUGCGAGCCGGAGUGUCCCUCUGGGUGUGAAAAUGGAUGGUGCGAGAAACCGAACGUCUGUGCAUGUCAUUCCGACUAUCAAAGGAACAACGAAAACAAGUGUGAACCAGUGUGUAAAGAAGGUUGCGUUAACGGAUACUGUGUAAGCCCCGAGGUCUGCUCCUGCAACAGCGGCUUCCAGGUAUCUCGGAACAACACCUUUGUCUGCGAACCAACAUGCAGUAAGCCUUGCAUAUUUGGAAAAUGCACAGCACCCGAAAUAUGCACCUGUGAUGGUGGCUACGAAUCGAGAUUGGACGAUAACGUGUGUGAACCUGUUUGUUCUUCUGGAUGUGAACACGGAUGGUGUGAAAGACCGAACAUAUGUGCCUGUCAUUUGGGAUACGAGAUAACUGAUAUGAAUACGUGUAAGCCCACUUGUAAAAAAGGCUGCGUCAACGGAUACUGUGUAAUCCCCGAGGUCUGUGCCUGCAACGAGGGUUUUGAGCUAUCCCAGAACGAUUCUUCCGUAUGUGAGCCUAAGUGCAGUGAGCUCUGUAUAUUCGGUUACUGUUCAGCUCCUGACACGUGUACUUGCAACAAUGGCUACAUACCUACUUUGAAUAAAUUUGUAUGCCAACCAGCAUGCGAAUCUUCUUGUGAUCACGGUUGGUGUGAGGCACCAAAUCUCUGUGGCUGUAAUGUUGGUUAUGAACGAAAUGAGAACAACGAGUGCCUUCCAGUGUGCCAACGGCCGUGUAAAAAUGGGAAAUGUGUAGCACCUGACAUCUGUGCUUGUGAGCCUGGCUUUCGGUUGUCCCAGGAUGAUCAAUUCGCCUGCGAGCCCAAGUGUAAUGAAGCAUGCAUAUUCGGGCGCUGUACUGCACCUGACACGUGUACUUGCAACGAUGGAUACGGAUUAGGUUUGAGCAAAUUCGUUUGUGAACCGAUAUGUACGACAUCUUGUGAUCACGGUUGGUGCCUCGAGCCAAACGUCUGUGGAUGUGACUCUGGAUAUGAAAGAAGUGAAGAUAACGAAUGUCUUCCGGUGUGCAAGAGUUUGUGCGUGAACGGAAAGUGUGUGGAACCAGAUACCUGCGUCUGCAAUGACGGCUUCGAAGAAUCCCGAAAUGACACCUUCGUCUGCGAGCCAAGAUGCAGUGAGCCCUGCACAUUUGGAAAUUGCACAGCCCCUGAGACUUGCACUUGUUUUGAGGACUAUCGAUUAGGAGCCGACAAUUACACUUGCGAACCAAUUUGUUACGAACCAUGUGAAAAUGGGUACUGUGUUGAGCCAAACGUCUGCGGGUGUAACCCUGGGUACAUUAAGACCAGUGCUAACAAGUGCGAUCCGAUCUGCGAGAGGCCUUGCGUCAACGGAAAAUGCACUGCUCCCGAUAACUGCACCUGCAACGAAGGCUUCCAUCGCUCCCAAAAUGACGAUGACUUCACCUGCGAUCCUAUCUGCAAUGAGACCUGCAUUUUCGGAAGCUGUACAGCCCCCAACACGUGUUCCUGCGACGAAGGCUACAAGCUUACCCCCCAGUCAAUAUACGUUUGCAAACCAAUAUGUCCCAGCGAUUGCGAUCACGGCAAGUGCGUGGCACCAAACUCUUGCGAUUGCGACACUGGUUAUAUCGGGUACCUGGAACUUGUGUCAAAUACGUCAAUGUGUAAGCCUUGGUGCGAUGAUAUUUGCACUAACGGGACAUGCACCGCACCCUACACGUGCACCUGCGACCCUGGCUUUGAGUAUAAUUCGAAUACAACAGACUGCGACCCGGUAUGUAACGACCCUUGUGUUAAUGGAUUCUGCGAGAGUCCGGGAACCUGUAGUUGCCUCGAAGGGUAUACCGAUUCCACGGAAAGCUCGAGUAUCUGUGAACCAAUCUGCGAAAGCUGCGUGCAUGGAACCUGUGUGGCGCCUAACGAAUGCGUUUGCAAUGACGGAUUUGAAAGUAGUAAGUCGGAGAAUGGAACAUGCGAGCCCACUUGCAAGCCUGGGUGCGUUCACGGAUUAUGCACUAUCCAAGGAUGCAACUGCUCAUAUGGCUGGGAUGGAGAUUUCUGUAACAAACCAUCACUGUGUAUUAUCAAUGAAUUCACUCAGGUUUCUACCACUUCCUACUCUGUAGCUUCGACUGAAGCAGUCAGUGUUAUGACCGAUCUUUGGAAUUAUGAUUGGACCGAUUAUACAACCGAAAAUGCUCCAGUAGAAUGGCAGGGGCCCACAUGUCGCUCCGAAUGCAUUGACCAACUCAAUCGGACGUUUAUCAACUUGACCCUAUCUACUGCUGAUGCGACGUAUCAUUACAUUCCUAUUGACUCACCGUGUAACCUCAUCGCAGAAGAGUCAAUCUUUGUCGAUAAAUAUACCAUCAUGAUUGGAGCCGGGUUAGGAGUAACGUUGCUCAUUAUUGUCGUCACCGUUGUCUACGUUGUGAGAAGAAAACGGAAAGCGAAAAGUAUGGCAAUGCUCGAUUUUCUUUGCUUUCAGAUGAAUCAUUGGAAUGCAUCGGCGGCGUUUACGUUGAAGAAAAUCCAAUUUAUCUGUGAUGAAGGAAUUCUCUUACAAAUGAGUGCUUACUGAUUAUGAAUAUAUUUUGCUGAGAUUUUUGUAGAAUUCACUAUGAAAUAUGAUACACAAACUGUACUGUGAAAA